AUGGGCCGGAAAAAAAUACAGAUCAGCCGAAUACUGGAUCAGCGGAACCGGCAGGUGACCUUCACCAAGCGGAAAUUUGGGCUGAUGAAGAAGGCGUACGAGCUGAGCGUCCUGUGCGACUGCGAGAUCGCCCUCAUCAUCUUCAACAGCACCAACCGCCUCUUCCAGUACGCCAGCACCGACAUGGACAAGGUGCUGCUCAAGUACACGGAGUACAGCGAGCCCCACGAGAGCCGCACCAAUUCCGACAUCCUUGAGACGCUGAAGCGCAAGGGGCUGGGGCUGGAGAGCCACGAGCUGGAGCUGGACGAGGGGUCAGAUCCUGGGGAGAAGGCGCGAAGGCUGAGCGAGGGCAUGGACCUGUCGGUGGCACGGCCCAGGUUUUACAGCCCGGCACCGCUGCCCGAAGCAGCCUACGGCAGCUCCCCGCCGGCCGCUGACACGUCCUUGGGCAGCACCAGCGGCUCCCCGCAGGGCCAGGGUCGCCCUCCCGCCUUCAAGCCGGCAGCACCGAAGCCGUCAGGACGCUCGCCGGGACCGCUGCCCCCAGGUAUCGGCUACCCACUCUUCCCUGCCGGCAGCCUGAACCGAGCCCUGGCCACCAAGACUCCCCCACCGCUCUACCUGGGGGCAGAGGGCCGGCGCGGCGAAGCCCACGGCGGCUUGGCAAGUGGCCGGAGCGGCGGCAGCACGGCGCGGCCGCUGUACCCCACUCUGCAGACCCUGAGCCCCGUGCUCACCCCGGGCAGCUCCGGCGUCCCAAGCCACGGCCUCACCGGCUUCCCCUUCCUCGCCCCAGCCCAAGCAGGUGGGCUCGGUGGAACGGCGCGGCGGGGGACCGGCACACCGGGCGAGGCGGAGGUAACGGCGGUUCUCCUCCUCCCCCCUCCGUCCCCACCACCGGGAUUCGGCCGGUUUUACCGGAGGGAUGCGGGGCAGGGAGCGGUGGGCAACGGGAACCGGGAACCGGCGGGGGCAAACCGGGGACCGCUGCGGCCCGCCCGGGCCCUGCGCGGCGGCUACCGGGGCCCGGGGGCGGCGGGGGAACGGGGCCGCUUUGGGGCCGCGGUCGUUCUUUACCCUUUGGGGAAGGACCGCGGCCGGGACCGCCCGGGGAAGGAACGGUUCGGUAAGCGGAACCCACCGGGGAGGCGGAGGGGGGCCGGGACCGGUGGUGCCCCGGGUGGUGUGGACGGCAGCGGGGCCGAGCCCGCCGGGGCCGCCGCCGCCGACCGGGGCCGGGCGGGAGAGUCAUUCCGGAGCCCGGCUACGGAGGCAGCUGCCCGGCAGCGCACCGGGGGCUUUGCUGACUGCACCCCACAGUCGGGACAUCGGGACCCCCCACAAGCGACCGACAGCAACAAGGACUUGAAGAGGUGCCACCGCAUGGCCGGGGGACAGCGACCUGGCACAAAGCGCGGCUCCCGACCUGGGAAUCGGGUCCAGCCCCGCUUUGCUGGUCCACAGGUCUCCCCGGGGGUGGCCCUGAUGGGGGACGGCCGGGACGAGCUGCACCCAACGGGCUCUGCCCUGGCCUCGUCCACCAUCGGCUCCUCCGGUGCUCACAGGGAGAUGCGGCUGGGCAGCAGCGAGGGGAUAAAUGCAGGAAGGGAGCCCGUUUCUUUCGCAAGGAAGACGUGGGCAUAA